AUGACGUCGUCGUCGUCGUCGCCGCCGCCGCCGCCGGUCGAGCGCGAGCUCGAGUCCGUCGUCGUCCUCGACGCGGUCGUCGCGCGCGCCGGGGUGGACGACGCCGCGCCCGGGGCGGCGUCGGCGGACGCGGAGCGUCCGCCGCCUUCUCCACCGAUCUUCUCAGCCCCGCACGGCGUCUUUCUGCACCGCGCGUCCGCGCUGAAAGUCCCGGAGGAGUGGACGUCGUUCCUCGCGGAGGAGUUCGCGCGCGCGUGCGACGGCGUCGCGAUCGCGUGGAGCAAAGAUGAGAGGGUCAGGUCCAGAGCCGCGAGGGACGCGGUCCCGGGAAGGAUAGAUCCAAAUUGCUGCGAUCCCGCGAGCGACGCGUCGCAUCCCUUCGGGGUGCUGCUCCGCCGUCACGCGGCCGCGCACCCCGGGGCGCUGCACGUGGACGUGCACGGACGACGCGACCCGGAAGGCGACGCGCUCGUCGACAUCGGGCGCGGGGACGUGGACGUCGGCACGGGCGCGCUGCGCGGGGCGUCGGACGACGAACGCUCGAGAGCGUUCGCGGAGCGCGUGCGCCGCGCGGUGUCCCGCCGUCUCCGCGCGUUCCUCGCGACGACGUGGGGGGGCGACGGCGACGGCGACGGGUUCGAGGUGAACGACGAUCCGGUGCUCGCGGGCGCGCGCGCGGACGGCAUGCACACGAUGUCGCAGCGCGGCGUGGAGCUCGGUUUAGUCAGCGUGCAGCUCGAGCUGAGUUUGCGUCUGCGAAACGCGUUGCGCGCCGACGGCGACGCGACGCGAGGCUUCGCGCACGCGGUGCUCGCCGCGUGGGAGGAGUGCCGAAGCGGGGGGUAA